UGGACGUUCAAAAGGGAGAAGAAAAGGAAGAAAAAACAACAAGUUUGUUACCGCUGCUGAACUUUAUAUUCAUCAGAUUGAGACGCACAGAGGUUUCAUUCACUUGAACAGGUUUGGUGGAAAAGGGGUAUUUUUGACAACAACUAAGGCGGAGCUAUUCUGAUUUUGUUUUCGACCUAAAAUGGCUAAAACAUCAGUGAAACUGAGCGACUUUUGUACAACCCUUGCCUAAUGCGAGGGACACCACAGAUAUGCGAGAGUACACUGAGGAUAAUCGCAGCAGCAAGUGCUCUGAAAUGGCUCAGCAGCGCAACAUUGACGAAGGGACAGCAUUAAUUGCUCCGCAAAAAGCUGCCCGAGAAUCAAGAAGUUCAAUGAUUUCUGCGUCUUUUAAUUUCAUUAACUCCAUUAUAGGAUCCGGAAUAAUAGGUUUACCGUAUGCAUUGAACCAAGCGGGGCUCCCCUUUGGCCUUCUUCUCUUAGUAGUUGUUGCAUUCAUCACAGACUACUCAAUUAUCCUCCUGAUUAAAGGAGGGGAGUUAUCAGGAUCAGACAGUUAUCAAUCACUGGUGCAGAGCACUUUUGGUUUCCCUGGAUUUGUGAUUUUAUCCGUUUUGCAGUUCUUAUAUCCUUUCAUUGCUAUGAUCAGUUACAACAUCACAACUGGUGACACGUUGACCAAAGUGUUUCAGAGAAUACCGGGAGUUGGUCCUGGUCACAUGCUUGCAGAGCGCCACUUUGUGAUCCUAUUAUCCACCUUUUUAUUCACACUGCCGCUCUCAUUGUAUCGAAACAUAGAGAAACUUGGGAAGGUGUCCUUCCUGUCGAUGGUGCUCACCGUUACCAUCCUCAUCAUUGUAAUCGUCAGAGCUGCAACCCUCGGACCCCAGAUCGCUCCCACGGAGAAUGCAUGGGCGUUUGCAAAGUGGAACGCCGUUCAGGCAGUGGGAGUGAUGUCUUUCGCCUUUAUUUGCCACCACAACAGCUUCCUGAUCUAUGGCUCUCUGAAGCAGCCCACUUUAGCGAAGUGGUCUGGGGUCACCCACGUCUCUGUGGGCUCCGCCCUGGUCAUCAGUGCUGCGUUUGCCGUCGCCGGGUACAUGACCUUCACCGGCUACACGCAAGGUGACAUAUUUGAGAACUACUGCAGAAAUGAUAAUCUUGCUACAUUUGGCCGCUUCUGUUUCGGCUUCAGCAUAAUAACUACUUUUCCACUGGAGUGUUUUGUUACACGAGAGGUGAUAUCGAAUGUUGUAUGCAGUCGUGAUCUCUCUACAGUGGAGCACGCAGCCUUGACGAUGCUCAUAGUUGCAGUGUGCACGUCAAUGUCUUUGGCUUAUGACUGCCUGGGCGUUGUUUUAGAGUUGAACGGUGCCCUGAGCGCCACCCCGUUGAUCUUCAUCAUCCCAUCCGCGUGCUUCCUCAAACUGUCCCCAGGCCGCUGGUUCCAAGGUGUAAAUUUGAUUCCCAGCAUGUUGAUAGCAAUGGGCUUGUUUGUCAUGAUCACUGGUCUGACCAUGAUUGGCCUCUACCCUCAAGACUGCUCACAUGGUGUGGAGAUGUUCUACUGUGCAGACGCCAACAUCUCUGGCACCGUGCCACCUGGAUGAGAGGAAGCGUCCUCAAUUGUUUUAUUGUCUUAAAAUGAUACUUCAUGGACACUUUGGCAUGACAGGUAGCCUUUGCUUCCUUCGUGUCAGACAGUUGUUUGUUUUCAGCUUCAGCGUAACAGUUUGGAGAGAUCAGUCCUUCAUAAUAAAGUAGUUUAGUUUUUCAUUUACUGUUAAAGACCUUAAAACACAGCUAAGUCUCAGAGGAUCAAUUGCAAAGGCGGCCAUGAACCCCAUGGCCCGACAUAAACGCCUUUACCUCUGUAAUGCUGCAGAAUCUGAGUGGGAACAAAUGUUGCCAUACACAGAACCGUGGAUUAAGCACUAAAUUAUUUUUGUUCACAAUGCAAGACUUGAAUAGGAGUUCUCAUUAGAAAAUAGAAAAAAAGUCAAGAACUUUGUGCAAAUAAUAUAUUAUGUU